CAAAACAAGAGGGAGUGAGCAACAGACAACUGCCUGGUUUGAGCUAUUUGUUCAAAUCAGAAUUAGUCCUAUGCUAAAUUAUCCCCCCCGUCGCCACAAUUUCGCGGUCUACUGGACAUAACAUUAUCAGUGUUUAUGGCCACUGACUUAUUAACCAAGAAUGUUUGGGUCGCUCUGGGGCCGGACGCACCCGACCACUGUAAACCCACCGCACCACCACUAGCGGACGGGCUGAGAGCAGGGGGAGGAAAAGAUCAUGGUCAUGGACAAGUCCUCAACAACAUGAGGAAUACAAUCGGUGGAAGCUCUUCAUUUCACGACUACAAUCUGGGUAAUUCCGAGAUGGACAAAUAUCUGUCACCUCCUCAGAAAGUCCCAGACACCAGACAGCCAUCUUUCACGGAGGACCUUGGUUCCCCACACAGCAUCAACAUGAGCCUCCUCCUCCCUGACGUUACCUACCUGCACCCCAGCCUGUGUCGGCCUAUGAGACCCAUCAAGACAGAGCCUCUCUCCCACUCCCUCAUCCACCCAAGUUGCCAGUGCAACCCUGGUCCAACAACACUUCCAGAACACCUUGAGCUUUAUGGCACUUCGACAGACACAGGAAGUAGCCUGUUCAUCAAACAGGAAAUGCCCUCCCUGGACUUCCCAGACGUUCCGUUGUUCCAGCUGUUGAACUCUGAGCUGGAGCAGCUGGUGCCCGUUCACCCAGUGAACACCAACCUCCACAGGGGUGUCCCUGUGUCCUCCUUGUCGGUCCCUUUCAGCAAAGUCCACUUACCAUCCCCCCAGAUUGUUGUCAAAUCUAUGGGAUGCCCACAAAAUGGUGGCUAUCCUCUGACAACCCAGUUCGCAAGCCAUUCGCAGCAGCGACCAGCCUAUCUUCCUCCGUCCCCGCCCAACUCCGAGCCAGGGAGCCCAGACAGAGGGAAAGAGCUGAUCCAGAAUCUGUCUCCGCCUCCAUCUUAUACAGCCAGUAUUGCCUCGAAACUAAGUCCUGGUCUUGGGCCAGUCCAAAGCUCAGGUCUAGGACCAGUUCCGAGCACCAGUCUUAGAUUAGUUCAGAGUCCAGGUCUUGGACAAAGCCAAAGUUCUAGUCUUGGAGCAGGCCAGAACCCUGGUGUUGGGCCAGUGUCCCCAGCAUUGGCUCAAUCAGGUCCAGGGAGGUUUAACCGCAGGAAUAACCCUGACCUGGAGAGGCGGAGGAUACAUCACUGUGACGUUCCAGAAUGUAAGAAAGUCUACACCAAGUCCUCCCAUUUAAAGGCCCAUUUGCGGACACAUACGGGAGAGAAGCCGUACCAAUGCUCCUGGGAGGGGUGCGAGUGGCGCUUUGCUCGUUCCGACGAGCUGACACGCCACUUCAGGAAACACACAGGGGCCAAGCCCUUCCAGUGUGGUGUGUGUAACCGCUGUUUCUCCCGGUCUGACCACCUGGCUCUACACAUGAAGAGGCACCGGAGUUAGAGAAGCCUACCUACCGUAUAUCAUUUUUUUUAUUAGAUCAAAUUCAAAUUAAACUUUAUGUUAAGUGUACUUAAGUAAAUCUCAACACAUUUCAAAUGUGGUGUUGAAACACACAUGGAUUUGUUUUAUUGUACCAAUGUAUCUUACAAUGACUACAAGAUGGAUGUAGAUUUUCCAUGUAUUUAUUUCAGUAAAUACUGCCAUGGUUAGAUUUUUGAAUAAGAGCACAAAGGUGGAUUGAGUCAAGCUAUAAUGAUCAAACAAGCUACUUUUUAGUAUCUCUAUGAUUUAUCUACAGCAGUGUUUCCCAAACCUCUGCUGAUGUACCCCCAGCCGUUUCACCUAUUUGAUCUAUUCCAGUACUAGCACAUCUGAUUCCACUAAUCAUUUGAUGGUAAGUUUACGGCCCGGUUUCACAAAAGCAUCUUAAGGCUAAGUUCAUCAUUAGAACCUUUGUAGGAGCAUCGUUAAAUUUUGUUGCACUUGAA